AUGCUUGUCGGGCUGUCCAAGCCCGAGCUCAUCUUCGUGAGGGUCACCGCCGUCUUGCUGAUCUACCCCGGCCUGAUAUGCUUCGCCUACUUCGUACUGGCCGCCCUGGCAGGCGGCGUCCCGGCCAUCGCGCACCCGUUCUCGAUCUUCAUUGAGGUGUAUGGGGCCAUCGAGAUCCUGUGGUACCUCUUCUGGUUCCUCCCGUUCAAGCACCGGCUCCAGAAGCCCGGCCCCGCGCCCUCGCGGAUGACGAGAGAGGAGAGGAAGGAAUUAUUCACGAAGGGCAUGAGUACUGUACCGGACCUUGACGCCUACGUACGCGGGUGGUUCGACAAGGCGCACAUGGAGGACAUACGGAGGGACAACCUGAAAGAGUGGCUGCUCUGGAGUCUUUUCGGCCGGGAUGGCAGUUUCGGGGACGACACGGCCGAGCUGGACGAGUAUAUUCAGGAGCUGGAAGAGCGGAUGGCGGUGACGUUCAAGAAGGGACGGGGUGAUGCGAAGGCGCUGAGGCUGAGCUUUGAUCCGGUCAGGAUGACGCAUCGCAGCCUGUUAUUUUACUCUCUCACUGGCUUCGCCGACUCUUUGACGACAGUCUUCCUUCUAUCUAAAGGCUUCAAAUUCUACCGCCAACCGCGAAAGACCUUCUUCAGCGUCUUCCCUUUCCGACCUAUGACCCUGUUCUCUUCACAGCAAUCCGCAGCGCCGGAUAUGUCCUACUUCUACCGCCCUCACACGUCAAAAACACAGCGGCCUAUUGUGUUUAUCCACGGCAUUGGUAUCGGCAUGGCACCCUACCUCGUGUGGCUCAACUCAGUCCCAAAAGACGUCGGCAUGAUCGCCAUCGAGCUCCUCCCAGUAUCAAACAAGAUCUGCCCGCCAAUGCCGUCCUCAGGCGAGCUCAUGGACUCCAUCAGCAAGAUCCUGGCGCAGCACGGCCUCGAGUACGACAGCUUCGUGUUCGUGGGCAACUCGUACGGGACGCUGCUCCUCUCACCGAUGCUGAGGCGGGAGGGACUCGCGGCUAAGAUAUCCUCCGUGGUGCUGGUCGACCCCGUCGCACUCCUCCUGCACCUGCCGGACGUGGCCUGGAACUUCACGCGGCGGCGGCCGCGCACGGGACCGGAGUGGGAGAUCUACUACGGCGCGGCGACGGACCCGAUGGUGGCGCACACGCUGGCGCGCAGGUUCGACUUCCGCGACGCCAUCCUGUGGCGCGAGCAGCUCCGCGGCCGGCGGGCGACGGUCGUCCUAGGCGGGCGUGACUGCGUGACGCACCCCAUGGCCGUGGCGAGCUACGUCUACUACGGGGACGUGGAGAUCCACGACUUCACGGAGCAGCGGGUCGAGGCGUGGAGGGCGACGCCGGGGAUCUGGACGGGCCAGUGGGAGGUGGAGCUGCUGUACCUCGACGGCCUGGACCACGGGCAGGCGUUCCUGAAGCCGGGCUACGUGCCCACCGUGCACAAGGUUGUCGACACGUAUUGCUAUAGGGAUGCGUCGGGUGGCGAGUUUAGAAAGAGCACAGGGGAUUACGAGAGCAGCUGA